UCUCUUUCAAUCCCAUUAAAAAAAUAACAAUCAAUCUUUACCUCAUCAACAGUUCAAAUCUUUACAGUUUUCCCCAUCCUGUAUUUCUCUAUACAUCUUUCUCCAAGAAUCCCAGAUUCGUUCAAUCUGAAAUCCGCGCCUUUCACAGGUUACAUUAAAUUCUAGUGAAAGUGAAAAAGAUGGAUCCAGAUUCAGUGAAAUCGACUCUCUCUAAUUUGGCAUUUGGAAAUGUAAUGGCUGCUGCUGCUCGUGAUUACCAGAAGGAAGUGCUGGCGCAAGAGAAGGUGCAAGCAUCAUCUUCUGUUAAUCAAGACAUAGAUCUUGAUGAACUGAUGGAUGAUCCUGAGCUGGAAAAGUUGCACGCAGAUAGGAUUGCGGCUCUCAAGAAAGAAGCAGAGAAGCGACAAGCUUUAAAAAGGCAAGGGCAUGGAGAAUAUAGAGAAAUUACUGAAGGAGAUUUCUUGGGUGAAGUUACUGGUAGUGAGAAAGUGAUUUGUCACUUCUAUCAUCGAGAGUUCUACCGAUGCAAGAUCAUGGAUAAGCAUUUGAAGUCUCUUGCACCAAGACAUGUUGAUACAAAGUUCUUAAAGUUGGAUGCUGAGAAUGCUCCCUUUUUUGUUACAAAGCUGGGAAUUAAAACUCUACCAUGUGUCAUCUUUUUCAGGAAUGGAAUAGCUUCAGAUAGGCUGGUUGGUUUUGAAGAUUUGGGAGGAAAAGAUGAUUUCAGUACAAAGGCUCUGGAGGGUCUUCUGUUAAAGAAAGGAAUAAUCAAAGAGAACAAGAAAGAAGAAGAGGAUGACGAUUCAUAUGCUGAUAGAAACAGAUCAGUGAGAUCGUCAAUCAAUCCUGAUUCUGAUUCAGACUGAUGAGUAAUUAGUGGUCAUUGGUUUCUUCUAAUCAAAUGAGUAUUCAUCGACAUUUUCCAUUUGCUGAAUCUCCCAGAUCUUGGGAUACCUCACAUUAUCUGAUACAAUGUCUUUGCAUUGUUGUGAUGAUGACUGCAAAAGAUGGAAUAUUGUUCUUGAAAUAGUAUGUUGUAGUAGUUUAACAUUUCUAUCUGUUGCUUCUUAGUCCAGUUUUACGGAGAGAAAAAAAGGGACUGUAUUAUUGCAAAGAGGUAUGAAUUCUUUCCAUUUCUCCCAACAGGCUCUGGAAAAUAUGUAGUUGUAUCCGAAUUCUCUUAUUCUAUUAUUGUAAGUUUUCGAGAAAAUGAACGAAGAGACAUGAUAGCUAGCUCUUCACCUUUCUAAAA